CCGGGGGCUGGAGGAGUUACCUUUGGAGCCCGAAAGGAGGAAGGAAGCAAAAUAUCAACAACAGUCGGAGCAACUCGGGCGCCCUGCCUCGGUCUCCCGCUCAUCCAGCGCCCGUCCGCCUGCCCCCGCACCCAAGACGGGGGCCCGGACCCCCGGCGCCGCCCAGGGCCCAGGCGGACGUUGGCCUUGUCUGUGAUUUCCCCUCUCGGUGCCCGGGUUUCUAGGGGUUGAAGAGCAGCCGGACCCAGGACCAGGGCCACCUGCUCCCUGCCGUGACACCCCAUUGCCCUCUGCCGGGCUGGAGACUGCAGAAGGUGUCCUGUAGACCAUGAACUGAGUGUGGGUCUCAGACGUUCAUGAGCACAGUGUGAGAUACACCAAGACCUGCCACCCUACAACCCUUCCCCUCCCCAGCACUGAGAACCUCUGGAGAAGAUGGGGAGGAAAAAGAUCCAGAUCCAGCGAAUCACUGAUGAGCGGAACCGACAGGUGACCUUUACCAAGCGGAAGUUUGGGCUGAUGAAGAAAGCAUAUGAGCUGAGUGUGCUAUGUGACUGUGAGAUCGCCCUCAUCAUCUUCAACCACUCCAACAAGCUGUUUCAGUACGCCAGCACUGACAUGGACAAGGUGCUGCUCAAGUACACCGAGUACAACGAGCCACAUGAGAGCCGCACCAACGCUGAUAUUAUCGAGGCGCUGCACAAGAAGCACAGGGAGUGUGAGAGUCCUGAGGUGGACGAGGUGUUUGCCCUGACCCCCCAGACGGAAGAGAAAUAUAAAAAGAUAGACGAGGAGUUUGAUAAAAUGAUGCAGAGUUAUAGACUGGCCUCAGCUGUCCCGGCCCCAAACUUUGCCAUGCCUGUCACGGUGCCCGUGUCCAAUCAGAGCUCACUGCAGUUCACCAAUCCCAGCGGCUCCUUGGUCACCCCUUCCCUGGUGACAUCAUCCCUCACAGACCCGCGGCUCCUGUCCCCCCAGCAGCCAGCACUACAGAGGAACAGUGUGUCUCCAGGCCUGCCCCAGCGGCCAGCUAGUGCAGGAGCCAUGCUGGGAGGUGACCUCACCAGUGCUAAUGGAGCCUGCCCUAGCCCUGUUGGGAAUGGCUAUGUUAGUGCCCGGGCUUCCCCUGGCCUCCUCCCUGUGGCCAAUGGUAACAGUCUGAACAAGGUCAUCCCUGCCAAGUCUCCACCCCCGCCCACCCACAGUGCCCAGCUUGGAGCCCCCAGCCGCAAGCCUGACCUGCGGGUCAUCACCUCCCAGGGAGGAAAGGGAUUAAUGCACCACUUGACUGAGGACCAUUUAGAUCUGAACAAUGCCCAGCGCCUUGGGGUCUCCCAGUCUACCCACUCGCUCACCACCCCAGUGGUCUCCGUGGCAACACCGAGUUUACUCAGCCAGGGCCUUCCCUUUUCUUCCAUGCCCACUGCCUACAACACAGAUUACCAGUUGACGAGUGCAGAGCUAUCCUCCUUACCGGCCUUCAGCUCACCAGGGGGGCUGUCACUAGGCAACGUUACCGCCUGGCAGCAGCCCCAGCAGCCCCAACAGCCUCCACAACCACAGCCACAGCCACAGCAGCCUCCGCAGCCUCAGCAGCCACCUCAGCCACCUCAGCAGCAGCCCCACCUGGUCCCCGUGUCUCUCAGCAACCUCAUCCCGGGCAGCCCCUUGCCCCAUGUGGGAGCUGCCCUCACCGUCACCACCCACCCACACAUCAGCAUCAAGUCAGAACCGGUGUCCCCAAGCCGAGAGCGCAGCCCUGCGCCUCCCCCUCCAGCUGCAGUGUUCCCGGCUGCCCGCCCAGAGCCCGGUGAUGGUCUCAGUAGCCCUGCAGGAGGAUCCUAUGAGACGGGAGACCGGGAUGAUGGCCGGGGGGACUUCGGGCCCACACUGGGCCUGCUGCGCCCAGCCCCGGAAUCGGAGGCUGAGGGCUCAGCUGUGAAGAGGAUGCGGCUGGACACCUGGGUACUGUAGUGCCACCCCGGCCUGCCAGUGUCUGCUGCACCCAGGGCCGCCCCGUGUGCCCCAGCCUGUUUCUCUCCUGAGAGACCCGUGGUCAGCCAGCCCUCCCUUGGUCCGUUUGUCACCUCAUAAGAGGUCCAUCUGCCCCAGCACUGGUCUGCUCAAUGCCCCACAGCUGGCCUGCCCCUAGCAUCCAUGGGAGAGGGGAGUGGGGUGCCCCAGCAGUUGGGGUCCCCCUCACCCCCUUUCUCCAUCUCCUCUCUUCACAGACAUUAAAGUGACGUUCCCACUCCCUUCCCAGAUGAAGAGUUGACAAUCUCACCGCCCCCCCACCCCCACCCCCAUCCUGGGCUUUUCCCGCUUGACCCCCACUUCCUUUCUUGUGCUUUAUGUCCUGUUGAUGGUUACAUUUGUGUAUAAUUAUUAUUAUAUUAUUAUUAUUAUUAUUAUAUUUUUUUUAAUUUGGAUUCUUGCUUUAGAGAGAUGGAUGCUUUCAUCCCCUCUCUUACCCCCACCAUUUUCACUGGUUGGAGGCUUUUUUUUUUUUUUUUUUUUUUUGCGGGAAGGGGGGGACACUUUGCACGUUGUACACAUAUGCUGCAGGAAGGGUGGGGGCCUGGUAGGCCUUAGGGAAAGGACACUUUGCUGAGCUCUGCAUGUGGAGCCCUCUUGCCCCAUCUCCCAGACAGAGAAAAGGAACCAAAAAAACUACCAAGCAACAAAAACCCCUCCAGUAGACAAACCCCAAAAGUGACUUGGUGGGUGGUUUAUAGUCAAGGGAAUGGGAGCAGGUAGAGGGUCUCCAUUUCUAGGCUACUCAAACAGCACAUGGGCCAGACAGACACACCCAGCCCCUGUGUGCCCCGUACACUCAUGUGACACACACUCGCUGGCGCUGUGCGUUGCACCCCCAAGGUGUAUGGGUGCUGGCUGAGCUUCCGGGCUGGGAAGGUUGCCUGGGAAUCUGAGGCUGGGGCAAGGCUUUGAGGGUAUCCUCUCUGGAAGCACAUUUGGGGAGAAAGAUGAUGAGGCACUAGGAGAGCAGAAGGGCUUGGUAAGGGUGAGCCAGGCCCCUCUGUCUCCAGCUUUUUCUCUAGGAUACACAGUGCAAUAGUGCCCCAGCCUCAGUGGACCAGCUCUGUCAAGCUGGCCCUGCCGGGAGCUCCAGGGAGGUGUUCUGGGACUGGGCACAAAGAGCAGAUAUGGGAGGGCUUCCUCUGCCUUGCAUGCACGCUGCCCUGCCCUGGGGAGUGGGCCAGGCUGGUGGGGCAGGGCCAUCCAGUUCCCUGCUCAUCACCUCCUGGCAUCUGCUCCUAGCCCUGCUCUCUCUGGCGCCCUCACUGUCAGCUACCUCCUGUCCCACCACCUCCAGGCCACAUCCCACCGCCCCUCUUGGCUACUGUAAUUGUAAAUAGUGACCUUUGGAAAAUGUUAGCGGUAUAACAGUCCAGGAAACUGUUGUGGUGUUUGUUGUUGUUGUUGUUGUUGUUGUAUUGAUAUGAAAUGAGAUUCUAUUUUUGUCAAAGUAUAUUGUAAUAAUAAUGACUCAAAUGGCCUGUACUGUACAGAUGAGAUUCUUCUGAUAUUCUUCCUCCCCUCCACUGUCUCUACCAUGAGUAGUACAGUGGCCCAGGAGGCAGUCAAGCAUGGGUCAUGUGAUGUGGGAUGGAUCAGAGAGGGUAGAACCCCAUUGUGCUCUCCUCCCCUCACCCUGGCCUGGCAGGGAGGGGGGUGACAAGGGCUGGCUGGCAGGACUCUGGCCACUCUUCCACACAAGCUUAGCUGCCUGGCCCUAGGGGCAGUGCCCUUGCGCUGCUCCUGCUGGAGAUUAGUUAGACCAAGCCGCAUGUUGCAGUACUGUGCCCAGUGCUGACCCAUCCUCACAGUAUUCUGGCACUUGACACAGGGAAGGAACCAGAGCCAGAGAGAUGUGUGAGACCACACACAUGCCCAGGCAUAUCCAAGAGGGCUCUGGUGUUUCUGAAUCCCAGUGUACCUUUGUGUUUGUGUGUGUGCGUGCAUGCGUGUGCGCACAUGUGCUCAGUGUAGCUUUGUGUCCCUCUGAGCCUAGUAGGGAGGAUUCAUGAACCUUGGUGGAACAGGAGCUCUGUAUCUGUAUGGUCAGGUAUGUUUCCAAAAAGACAACUCUUAGGCUCCACUGCCCUGGCUUCCAGCUCUGUGUCCCUGGCUCCCUUUUUCUCUGCUCCUUCCCUAGGCUCUGGCUGCCAUCCUGCAGUCAAAGGAAGUUGGCACUUGGCCCUGUUUGCUUUUCCCUGUCCCCUACUCUGCCAGGGCUGCCUUCCUAUGGGACCAUGGCCUCUCCACACUUGUCCACUGGGCCCCCACACUUGACACACAGUGCCCUUUCCCAGAGCACCUCCUCCUGCUUUCAGAGCAGAACUCAAAUUCCUCUUUCCCCAAGUCUUCUUACUCCGCCAGGCAGUGGUCCUUGCUUACCGCUUCAGACUCAAGGGGCUGCCGGCAGGGACACAGACUAUCCGGCCUUUCCACAGGUUCCUAGGGCCAUUUCAGGAAUUGAUGGACUUGACCAGGGUGUUGCAGGCAGGCGAUUGGCCUGGCACAUAGUAGGCAUUCAGUAAUGCUGAAUGGCUGAGUGAUAGGUGCUCACUAAGUGUUGCGUGACCGGCCUUCUCUUCUCAGGCUAUUCCUCCCGUCCCCAGCUGCCCACCUUCUAGUGGAACUUGGCCACCAUGACCCCAGGGUAGGGGUGAGGCCCUGCAGUUCACGGUGCAAUAUUUGCCAGUUUUGCCCUCUGCUCGGAAGGGCAGACCUGGCUUCUGAUUACCCUGUGUGGAUGUGUAUGUAUGUGUGUCCUUUCUUCUCUGUCCCUGGCAGCAGGGAGUAAAUAGUCUGUGAAUGAAUAUGGGACAUUUCUGCAGUUAAGUAAGUAUCCCAAGGUUUCUCUUUGGGGCAGGGAAUCCUGGCUAGCCCAGACCUCAAGUGGGGACUUCUUUUUUUCUUUUUACAAGCCAAAUUUGUUUUUACCCACUCCCUCUGAAGGACUGGGCAGUCGCCAAAGUAACCACUGGAGUCAUCCAUGCCCCUCUCCAGGUUCCCACAGCUUUCAGGGACAGCGGGCUAGAGGGCCGCCUGCCUCUAUACAACACAUGCUUCCCUCCCCACAGUGCAGCAAGGAGCAGACUGACCCAGUCUUGCCCAGCCCCCACCCCAGACAGGAAGGAAGUAAUGCACCUUCUUUUGCUGAUUAUUUAUUUGUUUGGAGAGACAGAAAUGAUGUAAAAGUGUAUCUAGAAAUAUCUAUAUCUCUAUAUAUUUUUAACUAACUCUUUGGAAUCCCAGGAGGUAGGGAAGUUAGGUGUUUGUGGAGGGGAGACUUGGAACCUGGGAAUUCCUUGAUCUCCCCUCUUUGGCCUUGCCCCACCCCUAAACUGUUGGUAGAAGGACUGGGAUUUGUUUGGGGGCAGGAGGCUGGGAUGACCUGUGGAGAAUCUGGAUUCUCUGCUGUCCCCAUCCAAAUCCCAGAGGAAGGGUGGGAGGGAGGCAGGGAGGGGUGGGGAAGGGAGGGGGAAAGGGGUGGGCAGGCUGAGGAGGUGACCCACCCCCCAAGCCCGACAAUCACCCACACUCCUGGGGCGCCUGGGUCCUGGGCAGGGCGAGUCCAAGUGUGUGGCUGCUGAUUUGUUUUAACUAUUUCUUUUCGUGCUGUAUGGUGAUGCUUUCUUAGUAUUCUACACAAUAAGAAAAGACAAAGUCCUCGAGAUUCUUAUGAGUUUUGUUUGAAAACUCUUUCACUAUAUUUGUUGUAAAGAGGUUUACUAUUAAAAGAAAAGAACACACGUUUCUGAUA